GCCAACAAUUAUUGUCAGAUCUCGCGAGAUCUGACAACACUGCGCGUGAACAAAACAAGACCGGGCGGAAAAACAAGAUGGCGUUUAACAAAGAAUACGUUAUUGUGUUUGAAAAUAGUUCCGUGUUCUUAUUCAGUGCGUACAUUCACAAUUAUAUGUUGUUUAAUAGAGUAAACGUCGCUAAUGUGUUUGUGUCGGAUACAUUAGUCUAAUACAAGCGCACUUUGCUGCUUCUCAUGCUAGCUCGUUAGCUUAGCUUGUAAGCCUAGCGGGCUGCUAAGUUGCUAACACAGAGAAGUGGAAUUUAUGAACACAUCGCAGCGAUCAAGUGUGAGUGGAAAGGGUUGCGAUUGCGUGAAAAUGUGUGAAAGAACGAUAGCAGAGUGCGUGAGGGUAAUUUCUCCCACGAAGGAGGAGAACGAGCGACAACAUCAACUACUAGACGCCUACUAUAGGAAACAUCAUCAAGUUGUGUUACGAACAGACAUCCCUGAGCAGCAGGAGUGGAACUCCAGUAUGGAGCAGGACGAGCCCCACGCCCCCCGUAUUAAAGAGGAAGAUGAAGCGCCACAGCCUCCUGUGUUAAAAAAGAGGAGAUUGAGCCACAACUCCAUUAAAGAAGAAGAGGAGGAACACAGCAUCAGUCAGGAGGGAGAGCAUGUUGACGUCACCAAGGUGCCAUUGACUGCUGUGAUUGUGAAGAGAGAAGAUGAUGAGGUCAAAGGUGAAAGCGAGGAAAUGAGAGGGGUGGAGCCUCCAAGCAGCAGCUCAACUCAACACAUGACAACAGACGCUGACGGAGACCACUGUGACAAGCUCUUAGCUCCACUAUCAGAUAGUGACGACACAACGUCGCACUCUCCUGACUCUGACGAUGAAGACUCUGAAGCUGAUAAGACAUGUCACACUGACAACACACACUUUAAAUGUUCCAACUGCGGCAAAACCUUCAAAUAUCCCAGUGAUCUGACAAUACACAUGAGAAUACACACUGGAGAAAAGCCUUUCAUGUGCUCAGUUUGUAGUAGAAGUUUCUCUCGGAAGGAACAUUUGAUAAAACACACACGAAUACACACUGGGGAAAAACCUUUUAUCUGUUCAGAGUGCAACAAAAGCUUUUGUGGCCGAACAAACCUUGUCGUGCACAUGAGAACCCACACCGGAGACAAACCCUUCGUGUGCUCGGUUUGUAGUAAAAGAUUCUCUCUGAAGCAGCAUUUGACAGUGCACACUCGAAUACACACCGGUGAAAAACCCUUUUCAUGUUUAGUCUGUGGUAAAGGUUGUAUAAAAAAUAGCGAUUUGAAAAAACACAUGAGAACGCACACUGGUGAAAAACCAUAUUCCUGUACGAGCUGCAACCAAUGCUUUGGCGACCAAUCAGCAUUUUUGAGACACAUUAGAAAACAUACAUUUGACAAAGUGUAGAGUUGCAGUGUGUGUGAUAAAAUAUUGUCUUAUAUGUACCAGUGUAGGAAACACAAGUGUAAGCUGCGAUCAAAACUUUGUAAACUUUGACUUUCUAACAACAUCCCCACUUAUAACAUGUGUGACAUCAUUGUUGUGUGUGUAACACAAUCUUGUUAAUAUGUUUCUACCAUUUAUAGAUAGUAUUGUGUUAUUGUUUCAGUUAAGUGCAUGUAUUAAUAUAAGCUUGGCUUCUUCCUGCUCCUUUUUGGACAUGUUGGAAUGUGCAAUUGUAAAUAUGUCACCUAUGCACGGUAACUGUAUGCAU